AAUCGUCAUCGUCGUCCUCUUAGCCUUUCUUCAAUAUAUAAGUCAGCUCACCAUUUCACCCUCUCCCUCAUCUCUCUCUCUCUUCAACUAUCCUUUUACAUUAUAUAUCUCAAUGGGAUCAACAGCGACGGCCGCUCUCUUUCUCCUCUUAGCGGCAGUCCCUGCCGUCUUCGCCGUAACUUUCAAGGUCGGCGAUACUUCUGGAUGGACCAGUGGUAUCGAUUACACGACUUGGGUCACGGGAAAGACUUUCAGAGUGGGUGACACUCUAGAAUUCAUAUAUGGUCUUUCACACUCGGUGUCCGUGGUUGAUAAAGCCGGCUACGAUGGCUGCAUCAGCAGCGGAGCGACACAGAACUUCGCCGAUGGAGACACUAAGAUCGAUCUUAAAACAGUAGGAACAAUGCAUUUCCUUUGCCCUACUUUUGGUCACUGCCUUGGUGGCAUGAAACUCGCUGUUCCCGUCCUCGCCGCCGCUUCGUCUCCGGCCACCCCUUCUUCUCCACCUUCCCCUCCUUCUCCACCUCCAUCUUCAUCUCCGCCCAAAACCGGUUCGCCACCUCCAUCUGCAUCUCCGCCAGCCAAUGGCACGCCGGAGUCAGACGAAUCAAUGACUCCUCCACCGUCUCCAUUGACGCCUACGCUGUCUCCAUCGCCGCCAAACGCGGCCUCUAAGGGAGUCAUGAGCAAUGGACUGAUUGGAGUGACGAUAAUAUUGAUGUACGGUGUUAUGACCUAAUUAAAUCACUGCAGGGUGGAAACAGAGCAUUUUUUGCUCGAUACAUCUUUUUGGUCUCGCUCGGUCUUUGGAAUCGGAGCAUUUUUUGCUCUUUGUGUGUAAACGAAUUUUUUAGUUUUUCAUUGGCCAUUUUUUCUUUUUAUUAUUACUUGAAACUCGUCUGGUAGCUAUUCCCGAGCUUACAAAAAUUCGAAAGUUGCAAAUCUGUAUCUACAAAUUAUUUGAGUAGGGGUUCAUAACGUGAUAGCCAUGUCCCUGCUAUUUAUCUAUUUAUAUUUUAUUCUUAUCAUU